AUGAGUGCCACUAAGAUUAUUCAGUUCUUGGAGCAUCCUUGUGAGUUGAAGUCUGCUAUUCAACUCAAGUUCUUCCGGGUUUCGAAUCCUCCUCAUCCGACCUCUGAAUCGGAAAGGACGUGCUAUGAUUUACUUAAGCAGACCUCUCGAUCCUUUGCUUCCGUGAUAUUGGAAUUAGAUCAAGAGCUUAGAGAGCCAAUUAUGAUUUUCUAUCUUGUUCUACGUGCUUUGGAUACCAUAGAAGACGAUAUGACAAUAGAUGCUAAGAUCAAGAUUGCAUUGUUGGAAGAUUUCCAUAACAAUUUGAAGAAGACUGGCUGGACUUUCGACGGAAAUGAUCCAAGCGAAAACGAUAGAGUUGUCCUUCAAAAGUUUGACAAGAUUCUCAUUGAAUAUCACAAACUUAAGGCUCCUUAUCAAGAUAUUAUCAAGGAUAUUACCCGUCAAAUGGGUGCUGGUAUGGCCAAGUACAUCCAGGAUCAAGACUUCAAUGUCGAUGGAGUUAAAUCUAUCAAGGAUUAUAAUCUAUACUGUCAUUAUGUUGCCGGUCUAGUUGGUGAGGGCUUGACUAAGUUGUCUGUCGCUGCAAAUUUCUGUGAUCCUUCUUUGGAAGCUCGCAUGUAUCUUUCCGAGUCAAUGGGAGUAUUCUUACAGAAGACCAACAUCAUUAGGGACUUCAAAGAAGAUAUGGAUGAUGGAAGGGCUUUUUGGCCUCAGGAAAUCUGGGGGAAGUAUGCCAAGAAACUCUCCGACUUUGAGAAGCCUGAAAAGCUCAAUGACGGUUUACAUUGUAUCAGUGAACUCGUUCUCAACGCUCUGGGUGAGGCUAAAAACUGUUUGAUCUACUUGUCUUUUGUCUACGAUCAUUCCACCUUCAAUUUCUGCUCUAUUCCUCAAGUCAUGGCCAUUGCUACUCUAGCAGAGGUUUUUGAAAAUCCUCUUGUCUUCAAGCGCAAUGUCAAGAUUAGAAAAGGUACCACUUGUCACUUGAUUCUUCAAUCCCGUACUUACCAGGGUGUCUUGGAUAUUUUCAGCCAUUACUUGCGUAUUAUUCACCAUAAGUGUCCCGUUUCUGAUCCUAACUACCUCGAAAUCUCACUAAAGUGCGGUGAGUUGGAGCAAUUCCUAGAAGAGUUGAAUCCUAAUCCAUCUCAUUUGCCUAAAGGUGUCGAGCCCACCAAGACUGAAAACUAUUUGAAUGCUCAGAAGAAGAUGAAGGGUGACCAGGUUUUAGACAAUGUCGUAAAAAAGGAGACUGUGGCUUGCAAUUCGGCAUGCGCUUUCUUUGGUAUCACCGUUGUCUCCUUGCUCUAUUUAGUCUAUGUUACCUUCUGUCAGUCUCAUUGA